CCCCCCCAGACAAUCCGCCGCCAUGUCUGGUUACCACGGAAACCACGCAGGGCGGGGGGCGGGACUCGUUACCCGCACCGCCGGCGUUCAUUGGUUAUCUCAGCCGCUCGUCAGCGACGUCGCUUCCGCUGCCGCCGCCGCCGGCCGGGAAGGGCCCGCGCCGCCGCCGCAGCCGCCGCCCCGCCCGGCCCCGCCCGGCGCCAUGGAGGUGACGGUGGGGACGGCGGCGCUGGCGCUGGCGCUGCUGCUGCUGCCGGUGCUGUACGAGCGCAGCGGCUCCUUCCGCUUCUUCUGCAAGAUGGGUUUCUACAACGGCUGGAUCCUGCUCCUGGCGCUGGUGGCCAUCCCGCUCUGCGCCCUGCGCGGCCGCGACGUCGAGAACAUGAAGAUCAUCCGGGGGUUGAUGCAACACGUGAAACAUCUCUACGGGAUCCGGAUGGUGGUUCGGGGCGCUCAGCACUUCCCUCCCCGCCAACCCUACGUCGUGGUCAGCAACCACCAGAGCUCCCUCGAUCUGCUGGGGAUGAUGGAGGUGCUGCCGGAUCGCUGCGUGCCCAUCGCCAAGCGGGAGCUGCUCUACAUGGGCGCCGUGGGGGUGGCCUGCUGGCUCGGCGGCAUCAUCUUCAUCGAUCGCAAGCGGACGCACGACGCCAUCAGCGUCAUGGCCGAGGCCGCCCACACCAUGCUCAGCCAGGACGUCCGGGUGUGGGUUUUCCCUGAGGGGACGCGCAACCACAGCGGCUCCAUGCUGCCCUUCAAGCGCGGCGCCUUCCACCUCGCCGUCCAGGCCCAGGUCCCCGUCGUCCCCAUCGUCAUCUCCUCCUACCAGCACUUCUACAGCAAGCGGGAGCGGAGGUUCACAGCCGGGCAGUGCGUGAUCCAGGUGCUGCCCCCGCUGCCCACCCGGGGGCUGGGCCCCGCCGACGUCCCGGCGCUCACCGAGCGCGUCCGCGCCGCCAUGCUGGAGGCCUUCGAAGCGCUCUCUGCCGAGCUGCGCCCCACGGCGCCGCCGCCCGCCCCACAGUGACCCGCCCCACGGCCGCCCGCUGCUCCGCGGGGCCGACCCACGGCGUGGUACGCGGACCGACGCGCGGCGCGGGCUGACCCACGCGUAGGACGGGGACCGACCCCUUGGCGGGACCUAUAGGAAGAGCGCGGCCCGACCCACGGCGGGACCGAGUGGGGCGCGGACUGACCCCCGAGUGGGGCGCGGACUGACCCCCGAGUGGGGUGCGGACUGACCCCCGAGUGGGGCGCGGACCCAUAGCGGGACCCGUGGAACCGCCCGGACUGACCCACGGCGAGAGCUGUGGAAGAGCUCGGUCAGCCCCACGGCAGGACACACGGGGGGACCGGGGCUGACCCACGGCGGGACCCACGGGAGGGUCACAAAGUGACCCACGGCGGGACCAUGGUGUGACCCACAGUGGGACCCCCCCCCCCCACGGACCGACCCACUCCAGCCCCCCACAUCGGGGGGGGGGGGGGUGACGACGACGACACCCCCCACGGACUGACCCACGGACUGACCCACUCCUGACCCCCGCGUGGGGGGGGGGGCCCAUCGAUCGACCCACUCCAGACCCCCAUGUGUGUGUGGGGGGGGGGGCACGACCCCCACGGACCGACCCACUCCAGCCCCCCACGUAGCGGGGGGGGGGGUUCCCACGGACUGACCCACGGCUCCUGUGGGGCACAGGGCUGACACCCCCCCCCCCCACCACCCUGGGGGUCCCCAAUCUGUGGGGCAGCGCGCGCGUGGGUAAGAUGGAUGCUGAUUGGCUGCCCGAACAGACCCCGCCCCCUUUUUAGGGGGCACGGCCGCGUAUUUAUUUUUUUUUGGGGGGGGGGGGGGACACGACACGACGCCACCCCCAGAUUUUGCCAAAUUUCCCUCCUGCCCUUGGCUCGGGGCCCCCCCCCCCCCGGCUUUUAAUAAA